UCAAAAUCUGAUCAAAAGGGUUGCAGUUUUCUCUCUAAGAGAGAGAAGCGGUCGUUCCUUCUCUCUCAUUCUACUGCAACUUGUUCUUCCCCUCCCUCUCUGCAAUUUCCUCACUUUUAUAUAUAUUUAUUCAGUUUUACGAAUUCAACUCUUGAAUUUGAUUAGAAAAACUAUUGGGUCCUUUUCUCUCAAUAUUUUUCAAUGUCUUUGAUUCUUUAUUUCUCCUUAUUUUUCUCCAUUUCUACCUCAAUUCUUCGUUGCCAGGGUCAGAAACCCCGAAAGGAAAAGGGUUUCCGAUUCUGUUUAAUCUUAAUUCAGUUACGCUGAGCUUUCCUCAGAAUGCGCAGGCAGCAGCUUCUCCGCGUCGAACCUCGCGAGAAGCUCGUCUUUCGUAUUGAGCAGAGGGGGGAAGCUUCUUCUACAUUUCGAAUAUGGAAUGACUCCCAAUUUGUUGUUGCUUUUAAGGUUAUGACCACAAAUCGGUUGAGGUUCUCGGGUAACCCUAGUUAUGGAAUUCUGAUUCCUGGGUCAUAUCGUGAUGUAGACGUAACUGUGCAUGGACAAGGGGAGUCUCUCUAUAACAUGCAACAUGGAGAUAGAGUUACUAUAAAGAGUCUGCGAGCAAGUCGUAAUGACACUGUAGAAAGCAUCCGGGAACUGUUCAGAGAAAGAGCACAUAUGGUCGAAGAUUAUAAAUUAAGAGUGGUGUAUGCUUUGUCGAUUCGUCAGAUUGGAAUGAUCGUUGUACCUGCCUGCUUGACCUUUUGGUACUACAGGGCGGAGAUUCUAUCACGCAUAAGGACUUUGAUAUCUCUGAUCACAAUAUUGGUAGUAAGGAUGAUUCUGUGGAUUAUGAGGAAUAGGGCUUUAGAAGCUGCAGAAGAGUGGAUUAAGAGGACUCUUCUUUACUUAUGCCUUUGUUUUCUUGUCGCCGUGAGGGAGUAUGUUCUUGACCUGUGUUUGAGGUGGCUUGGAGUCAUCUAUGAGGCUUUGCUUGACCUAUGUGCUCCUCUGUUUUUGUUUGUUUUUGGGCCCCAAGAGAGAAGACCGCGUUACAGAAAUUAGUUUCGAUUUAUCUUGUAGCGAGGAGCUAGAAUGGAACUCGAUCGAGAGGUUUCAUCAUAGAACCACGGGUCAAGACGGUAACUAUAUCAAGAUCCAAGAACAUAUUUGUAAUUCUGCUAGUGUUCAGUUGUGUUUGUAUUCUUUUUGAUAAAUUUACAUGAUAUCAUCGUGAUGGUAUUUCAAGAUUGCAACUCGGUUUUUGCAUAAGUUAUAUGCACGCUCUUUGUUUUUUGUUGGA